AUGGUGGUGAAGAGCAAGGUGGUGUUCGAGCACGUUGGAGACCUCAGAAACAUCUUUGAAAUUCUGAGGAAACACAAGUUGUGCCUAAACACUUCCAAGUCCUCAUUUGGUGUAGGAUCAGGCAAGUUCUUGGGAUACAUGGUAACUUACAAGGGAAUCGAGGUCAACCCCGAUCAAAUCAAAGCCAUUAACAGUUUACAACCACCUCGAAAUCCCAAAGAGGUCCAAAAGCUUACCGGAAUGACUGCUGCCUUGAACCGAUUUAUUUCUCAUGGCGUACAAUGGCCAGUCUACUAUGUGAGCAAGUCACUACAUGAGGCAGAGAAUUGUUAUCUACCACUGGAGAAAGCCAUCUUGGCAAUAGUGCAUGGUACACGAAAGUUUCCCCGUUACUUCCAAGCACAUACGAUUGUCAUCCUGACUCAACUUCCACUCAAGGCUAUACUUCGAAGUGCUGACUACACAGGGAGGAUUGCUAAAUGGGGCACAGUUCUAGGGGUUUUUGACAUCAAGUACAUGCCUCGUACCUCUAUUAAAGGCCAGGUCUUGGCGGACCUGAUGGCCGAAUUUGCUGAACCCCCAUUAGAAGAAAUGGCAGCGACACAAAACAUGGAUGAAAAAUCAGUUGGCACAAUCUCCCUGCAAGAACCUUUAUUCUGGAAGGUAUAUGUUGAUGGUACAACAAAUCAAAGGGGCUCUGCAGUAGGGCUAAUUCUGGUUUCUCCUGAACAAAUCACUAUUGAAAAGGCAUUAAGACUAGGUUUCUCGGCAACAAAUAAUGAGGCUGAAUAUGAAGCUUUGCUCAAAGGAAUGUCCAUGGUUCAAAGAAUGGGAGGAAAGACAGUAAAGAUGUUCUCGGACUCAAGACUAGUUGUCGGCCAGGUGAAGGGCGUACUAGAAGCAAGAGAUGAGAGAAUGCAAGGCCACGCUUGCAACCUCCUCGAUGCAAAACUUACGUCGGGUUAUCCUUAUAGAAGACUUGUGCAAACCCACAGGAGAAAAGGGAAAGGUGGUCCAUGUUCACUAGUCAGAGUAGGGCCUAGCUGGAUGGAUCCCAUAGUACUAUUCCUGAGAGAGGACAUCUUGCUAGAGGAUAAAUCAGAGGCUGACAAAGUACAGAGAAAGGCGCCUUGUUUCUGGCUAUCCGAGUACCAAAAACUGUACAAGCGCUCUUUUUCUGGGCCAUACCUACUCUGCAUUCACCUUGAGGCAUCAGAGCUACUCCUUGAGGAGUUACGUGAAGAGAUUUAUGGAAGUCAUACAGGAGGAAGAUCUUUGUCUCAUAGAGCCAUCACUAAAGGCUAUUGGUAUUCCACUCCAGCUUAUCCCCAAGGAAAUGGACAAGCCGAGGCUGUUAACAAGGUCAUAGUGAAUGGACUCAAGAAAAGGCUGGAUGACGCGAAGGGUGUCACAUGUCCUUUGGACGUAUAG